GUGAAACGUGGGUUGAUCAACACUGGUCAUCAGUGUAGCUGGGUAUAAAAGAUGGGCACUGGACACCCUCGGACAUCUUUCCACAGACUACUAACCAGCCACGAUGAUCGCCGUAUGUCUUGUUGCUGUGCUGUGUCUCGCCGGUGCUGGGCUCGCGGACAACCCCGAGUUGUGUCAACAGGGGAUGUGCACCAUGGACUACAUCCCCCACUGCAUGACGGACGGCACCAUCGUCUUCGGCUGUGUGGGCCUCAAGAACGCAGUCUGCAAGGAUAAGAAGACAGAACAGACCGGCUGGACGCCAUCACAAGCAUGUCGCCCUUCUGACUACUGCGAGAACUUGGCCUGCACCUAUGACCUGAUUCCCCACUGCCUCAGUGACGGCUCCAUCGCCCGCGGCUGCCACGCCCUCAGACACGCCAUCUGCACGAAGAACCUGACCGAGCAGAUGUCCUGGAGCCCCCUUACAUCCUGUCUUCCUGACGGGUACUGUGAGAGUGAUGUGUGCACCGCCGACCUGAUCCCCCACUGCAUGAACAACGGCGACAUCGUGCACGGCUGUAGCCAUCUCAAGAAGGCGGUCUGCCAGGACGGGAUGGUGGAGAACAGGCUGUGGGAGUCAACCCAGCGGUGCCUGCCGCUGUUCUACUGCCAGUCAAAGGCGUGCACCAAGGACAUGAUAGAACACUGCAUGACUGACGGCACCGUGGUGACGGGGUGCGACGCCCUCAAGAUGGCCAUCUGCAAUGACAACAAGUCCGAGAACAAAGAGUGGGAGUCCGAUGCCCCUUGUGACCCUCAGGGACAGGAGUAGCAGGGCCAGGAGUAGCAGGGACGGGAGUAGCAGGGACAGGAGUAGCAGGGACAGGAGUAGCAGGGACAGGAGUAGCAGGGACAGGAGUAGCAGGGCCAGGAG